UGAGUGUGUUUGAGAGACAGAGAGGGAGAGAUGUGAAAGCAGUGCAUACACACUUGGUCUGUCAGUCAGCAGUUCUGAGAUUAUGCUGCAGUGUGUGGUUGUGAGCUCUGGGGAGAGGUGACGCCAGCUGAUCAUGGAGUUUUGCAACAACAGGAUGAAGAGGCGGAGGCUGGAGACAGCAGCCCUGUUCAUUGCUAGUGUUCUGUGUUUGUUCAUACUGCUGAGGUCAGACAUUGAGAACUAUGAUCAAAAGGAGAGUGUAGAAAGAAGAGACAUAAAGAACCAGGACAUUAAAGUUGAAACACAAAAGCAUCUCCCAAGACUUCUACCCGAAUGUGAACGGAAUCUAUCGGCUUCCGACAUUGCAGGAUUUUCCACUUUGCCGAGACACAUCCAGGACUUCCUGUAUUAUCGCCACUGUCGCCAAUUCCCAAUGUUGCUUAAUGUUCCUGACAAGUGCGGCGGUCCCGAGAAGUCUGGGGACGUGUUCCUUUUGUUGGUCAUCAAAAGCUCUCCACACAAUUAUGAGAGAAGAGAGGUCUUGCGAAAAACGUGGGCUGCAGAGAGGCUUCAGAAUGGCAAGAAUAUCCGUACAGUGUUCAUAUCCGGGACUACUGGACGAGGGUUUGAAAAGCAAAGGUUGAACAAGCUCCUGAUAACAGAGAACAAUGAACACAAGGACAUUCUGCAGUGGGACUUUGAUGAUACCUUCUUUAACCUCACGCUAAAGCAGAUCAUGUUCUUGGAAUGGAUGGAGAAGUGGUGCCCCAAUGCCCACUUCCUUCUCAAUGGUGACGAUGACAUUUUCGCCAACACAGAUAACAUGGUGGUGUAUCUGCAAGGAUUAGACGGUAACGACGGCAGCAAACACUUGUUUGUUGGGCACCUGAUCCAGUAUGUCGGACCAAUUCGAGAAAGGGCCAGCAAAUAUUACAUCCCAGUUCAAGUGCAAGAGUCUGAAUCUUAUCCUCCGUAUUGCGGCGGCGGAGGCUUUCUGCUUUCAGGUUUCACUGCCAGCACCAUCUAUAACAUGUCUAAAUCCAUCACCAUACUGCCGAUAGAUGAUGUUUACAUGGGAAUGUGUCUGGAAAAGGCCGGGUUGAAACCGUCGUCCCACAUGGGUGUGCGGACCGCCGGCCUACACGUUCCCUCCAAACUGGCAGACCCAUACGACCCUUGCUAUUAUCGAGAGGUAAUCCUAGUACACAGAUUCGUGCCUCAUCAGAUCUACAUCAUGUGGCACGAAGUCCACCAACCAGACCUGAUCUGUGGGAAGAAUAUGAUUUCUGUUUAGAGUGGGAUAAACUCGCAUUAAUAUAUUUAGUGGUGAGGGGGGUGCAGUGUACCCAAGUUAUACAUGUAAGAUGCAGUAAAACUUCCCUGCUGUAAAAAGGUAAAAAAUACUUAAUUUUCAAAAAGACUACUUGAGUAGAAGCUUAAAAGUAGAAGCUCUUAAAAAUAAAGGUGAUACAUUGGGUUUUUUGAUUGAUGCCAUAUAAAAAAGUUUCAUAAAGAAGAAUGUUUGAAAAAGAGAUGAGCAUGAAGCUGUUGGCACCAUGCAUAAUGCCCCAAUACAUCUUAACCUCGCCAAUGAUGGACUCCAACCUAAAAGACUUGUGACUUGACUUGGAUUCUAGCUUAAGAACUUGUGUCUUGACUUGGAUUUUAAACUGAAGACUUGAAACUUAACUUGGAUUCUUGUUUGCAGACUUGUGACUUAAGUGAAUUUACAGUCAAAAGACUUUGUACCUUGAUCGAGACUCCACUCUAAAGACUCGUAACUUGACUCAGAUUUGUGCCUUGACUUGUACUUUAGCCAAACACUUGUGCCUUGACUUGGAUUCUAGUCUAAAAACCAAUGACUUAACUUGAAUUCCAGCCUAAAGACUUAGAACUUGAAUUUGACUCUAGCCUUUGCCCCUUGUGACAUGGACGCUUUGCAGCUUGUGAACAUCUCUACUUCAUACUUAAUAGUUUUUUCUUUAUGGAACAUAAAAAAUUGUCUUUAAUGGCAAAGCUUAAAGAAAGAACCCUCAAAAAUAAAGUUGCAACUUUAUUUUUAAGAGCGUGGGCUUAUUUCAUUGGCCACCAGUCCACCAAUACCCUACCAGUUAUAUGUUAUAUAUAUAUAUAUAUAUAUAUAUAUAUAUAUAUAUAUAUAUAUAUAUAUAUAUAUAUAUAUAUAUAUAUAUAUAUAUUGGUACCACUUUAAAAUAAGACUACCUUUAUAAAGGAUUUAUAAAUGGUUUACAAUUAGUUUAUUAAUGGUUACUAAUUAGGUUGUAAAUGCCUUAAAAAUCAUUAAUAAUCAGUUAUAACACAUACGUCAAAAGGGCAACAAUAUAGAUGGCUGUGGGUUCACUUUUUGACAAACAACAGGUCAUUGUUUCCCUUUCUACGUAUGUGUUAUAACUUAUUAUUAAUGAUUUUUAAGGCAUUUACAACCUAUUUAGUAACCAUUAAUAAACUAAUUGUAAACCAUUUAUAAACCCUUUAUAAAGGUAGUCAUAUUUUAAAGUGGUACCUAUAUUUUUUACUAUUAACAGAGUAAUAAUCAAAUUUACAGUGAAGCCAGUGAUGAUUGAGCAAAUUCUUGAUGCUUCCUGGUGAAGAUAUCAUCAUUAAGAGCCAAGUAUGUAGUCAAGAAUGUUAACUGGAAGAAUGUGAUAAUUUAUAGUUUGCUAUUUUUCAAAGGAUCAUUUUGCAACUUUAAAAUUCUCUGUAAAAUGCAAACUAGUUAGCAAACUUUUAAGCCUUUGCAGAACAAGUGCACAUAUUUUUAGAUUAUAACGGACACUAUGCUUGACUCAAUUGACACAAUUCUGUGUAACUUUAGACGUUCAAGUGAGUGUGUAAGUGAGGAAUAUGGAACUAGUGGUUUAAUCACUAUAUCAGCGUAUCAUUGAAGUAUAUUUAAGCUACUGUAACUAGUAAGUGAAAUGGCUGCCAAGCCAAGCUGUAGGUAAGUGUCAAACUAUUUAUUUAUAUUUUAUCAUUUGCACUGUUAAUAAAGCAAACUCGGAAGUUUAGGUUCCCUUUUUUUUUUUUUUGUGAGGGGGAGGGAGGUGUAAUGUAAAGCUUAAAACAAAUGCAUCCGAGAGGCUGGUAUGAAGUACUCUCCCCCAAAAAAGGAACAAAGCAAACUUCAACCCAGAACCGUAAAGUUCUGCUGGUUACCAAUUGGGUCACUUCUUAUUGUUUUCCCAGAACCAGACCUUUCAUCUCCACAGCCCUUCUUAGUUAAAGGAGAACUCCGGUGUAAAAUUGACUUUGGGUGUAGUAAAACAUGAUAAAAAGUACUUACCUUCGCUCUCCUAUAGCUUUCUGAGAUACAGUAAUUUUGUGCUUUUUGCCCAGCACUCUGUACAACAGCCAUACAGACUCCAAGUAUCCAGGCUCAAAGUAGCUCCACACCUCCUUGUUAGAAUCCGGAGAGCCCUGAUUGUUACAUUGAGGCAAUAGUAACUUAAAAAGUGCACAAAAAGCUUAUUAAAAAAUACUAUUUACAUCCCAUAUUGCUUCUUUGUAGCUCUGGGAACCGUCAUCACUGUACUGAUAAUGACAUUGACAUAUAUACAUAGAUUCCGCAUAGCCUGCCUCCCAGCGUCGGCGGCUACUACGCUAUGUGAAGUCUAUAUGUGUAUAUGUCUAUGUUAUUAUCAGUACAAAGAUGACAGCGCCCAAAGAUUUACCUGCACUAUGGGAUGUAAACAAUGCUUUUAAUAAGCUUCUUGCUCAUUUUUAAAGUUAUUAAUUCCUCAAUUUAAACGUCAGGGCUCUCUGGAUUCUAGCAAGGAGGUGUGGAGCUACUUUGAGCCUGGAUGUCGGUGUAAAGAGUGAUUUAUUGGGGCAAAACUUGCCACGAUACAGCCGUUGUGCAGAUUGUUGGGCAAAAAGCACAAAAUAACUGGACCUCAGAAAGCUGUAGGAGAGUGGAGGUGUGCUAUUCAACAAAGAUAAUAUUUUUUUACAUCUGAGUUCUCCUUUAACUAUGUAUGUUAAAGCUUCGGCAUACUGUUUUUUUUAGGGACCACGUUUUUAUGACUUUGUAAAAGGAUUAUAAAAGGUUAUAAAAUUGAGUAUAACACAAACAAGUCACAAAGUCAUGCUGAAGCACAUGGCAGCUGGGAAAAUUCUUCGUAAAAAUAAAGUUUUAGCUUUUGUUUUUACACUUCAGUUAAUGCACAUGUUGUAAUAGCAAGUCAUGGCACAUAACAGCACUGCUUAUUUUUUAAUCUUUUGUUUAAUGAGUGACCAUAGCCUGCCUUAACUUCCUGUAAUUCUCUAAUUGGUCUGAAAUUUAAAACCGUGCAAAAAAAGUGUGUUCACACUGCAGAAGUUAACCAGACCAUGGUUCUGCUAACCCUAACAGAGACCACCUCUUUUGAGCGGACCAAAUUUUCACACUUCUCAUACUUGGUAUUUCUGUUUGCACCAAACUAGACCAAAAGUCAGAAAGUCUGAACCAAAAAAUGGCAGGAAUGAAAGUAACCUAAAUGUGGAAACUGAUUGCAUGUGAGCUGAUUGGAAAGAUCUGAAAGUUACUAAACUGAAAAUGAACAGAACUAAUGACUUUGCUCCAAUAACCCAAAGCGAUUCAUGAAUGUACAGUACGUGUGUUGUCUUGGAACUUAAGACAACAGUAUACAGUAGAAUGUAUAUUCUAUGUUGCACAAUUGUAUUGUUUUCAUUUCAUUUCAUUUCAUAUAUGAAGAUCACCAUCUAAUUUGUUAAGGUUUAGGAUUAGGGGAUUAAUGUGGAGGACAAAAACUUUUUUACUCUUUACUACGUGGUUUUAUAUGUGUCCCUUAAUUGUUUCAAUAUAGAAAAUAUAUUAAAUAAAGAAUUAAAGAAAAACAUUGAAUGAUAAGGUGUGUCCAAACUAAGGUGUGUCCAGACUGGUACUCUAUAUGUUAUUAUUUAACAUGCCUGCAUAUUUUUUUUCUUCUGUAGAACACAAACCAGUAAGGCCCACACUGUCAAACAAAUACAUUUAUUUUAUUAACUGAACAAACUGUUAUUUGGUAUAGUGGGGGAUUCAUAUGAUUGUACACUGUGUUUAUAUAU